AUGGAUGUGUGUGAGGGAUUGAGGGUUCCAGUUGGACAUAUGUCAGGAACUGGUGGGUUGGGGUUGACGGCAGGGGGUGGAGGAACCGCGACUAGUAGUGUUUUUUCCGACCUCAGGGAGCUUAACGAGGCAAAGGUGUCGAACAUUCUUUCAUACCUAGAUGACGUUGUUUCUACGAGACCCCCGUUUCCCGCAUCAUUUGGCCCUUCAGCGUGCCGUGACGUAUACAUGCCAGCAAAUAUUUCGGAUGGUGGUGUGGCGUUGGCACCGUCGGCUGCCCUACUACAGCCUUCUACGCAGUUACCACCGUUUGGCGGUUCGGCUUCAUGUCUUACGUCGCACAUAAUAGGGUGUGGACCCGACGUUCGCAGCGAUGUUUACCACGGUAUCAAGGCUAAAAUAUCUGCCUUACAGUUCAGCAAUGAUGAGCUGAGGGCUGAAAACGAAGAACUGAAGGAGCGAGUCAAGAUGGCGCGGGAGAGGGAAGCGGAGCGUCUUGGAAGCCAGGAAGCCGCGGCUCGCAACGAGCUGGAAGGGCUCCGCAAGAAGCUACGGGAGACGGAGCGCAACUACGAACGCGUGGUGCAAGAGUUUCAGCGCGAAAGGUCGCAGUUGACCCAGGCAGUGGAGUCUGUUACGUCUCAACUACGGCAAGAGAUGUCUCGGCGGGAGGAGGAGAUCGCCAGACUUGAGUCUGCGAACGCGACCGCCAUAGCGCAACUUAAGACCCGGUGGCAAGCUCAGGAGAAGGCUGCUCGCGAGAAGUGGAGGAUAGCCGAGGCGAAACGCAUAAAGGAGAACACCCUCCAGUCGUUAGAGCCUGAUAUCGUGUUGUUGUUGAACAGGCACAAGGCGGAAAAGGCGCGUAUGCGGGAAGAGUUCGAGAACGAACUACGACAGCGGGAUGAGGUUAUUGCGGCAAAGGAGGCGACACUCGAAGAGUCCAGGGCGCGGUUGGAGCGUGAGGCAUCUGCAACUCGGGCUCGAGAGCAACAGGAGUUCCGGGAUCGACUCAAGGAGGAGAUGGACCGCGUGAAUCGCCAGUUGGAGGAGGAGCGGCGCCUCGCUAAGCAGAAGCACGACGAUUUGGAGAUAUUUGCAGAAGACCGGAAGAAUACGAUGCAGCGCGAAAUUUCACAGCUGCAAAAAGAGGUGUUCACUUUACGUGAAGCCGCUGCAACGGAAAAGGCAAAAAUACAUGAUGAGGUAGCCCGGGAGGUAGCGAACAUUACGGCCAACUCGAACCAGAUUGUUUCUGACCUCAAAGAGAAACUUAUGCUGGAGUUCAGCCGACGGGAGCAAGAGACGAAGGCGUACAAUGUGCAGUACUUGGCCGCUCGCGAGGAAGAGUUACGGCAUAAAUUCGAGGCGGAGCGUGAUGCCGCUGUUGCAGAGGUUACCCGUCGCGCAGAGCAGCAACAUCUACAGACCCUGAUGGAAUCACAUGGGGCCGACAGCGUCCUCCGCGACCGCUGUGCGCAGAUGGGUCGCGAAAAUGAACGGCUUCGGGCGGAAGUCGAGCUGCUGCAGGGCAAUUUGAGGAGUGUUGUAGAGGAAAUUGGACGGAAGGAGGAAGAAAUGUCACGUUUGCGCGAAACCUCGGACUUAACAAAUCAGCGAGUGAAGGAGAUACAGGAGAAAGUACGAGCUGAGGAUGAGGCAAGGAUGCAUGUGCUAGAUUCGGAGUGGCAGCGAAAACUGCGUCAGUUUGAGAUCAAACACGUGGAGGAAGUGGGUGCCAUGCAGCAUGAGCUGGAGAAAGUCACCAUAGAGCUCCAGGCUGUGAAGAACGCAGCCGCUUUAGAGCAACGAAGCAUAGAACAAAAGCAUAAUGCUGAAUUGACGAGCAUUAACGAGCGAGUGCUUGUGGCGCUUGCUACGAAGGAUAACACUCUAAGAGCACAAACGGAGCAGAUUAGCGUACUGCAGGAGGCAAUUAGGUUGAGAGACGAGCAAAUUGCCAGACACCGUGAGCUUCUAUGA